GGAGCCUAAAGGAGCCUCCUCUUGAUGUGCAGAGGGGCCCCGCGGUGCCCGCCCCCUCUGGUCCGACCAGGUGCGCAGCUCUUCCUUCACUCCCGCAGAUCGCUCAGUUCAUCAGCCUGGCGCACGGCGAGACAUGGCGAGAUCCAAGGCCAAGGUGUACACUUGUUGCUUGCUGCUCGGCGGUGCUCUGAUCGCCAUCAUUGUGAUCAUUGCUGUCACUACGAGACGCUCGUGCUCGGACGACACUUUCUCGAAAGCCGCCGUGGCUGCAGACACGAGGAAAUGCUCCGAGAUCGGAAGGGACAUGCUGAAACUAGGCGGCUCGGCGGUAGAUGGCGCCAUCGCCGCGCUUCUGUGCACGGGCAUCAUGAACCCGCAGAGCGCGGGGAUCGGAGGGGGCGCCAUUUUCACAGUGAUGAACACAUCUGGUCAAGUGCAGAUCAUCAACUCCAGGGAGACCGCGCCGUCAAAGGUGGACCCUGAUCUGGUGAAGUCCUGUCCAUUUAGCUCGGAUGAAACCAAAUGGAUUGGUGUGCCGGGGGAAAUUCGAGGCCUAGAAUUGGCGCACAAACGUUAUGGAAAACUGCCGUGGGCCACGCUCUUCCAGCCGACCAUCAAGCUGGCCAGAGAGGGAUUCCCUAUUCCUCCGGUCCUAGGAUUGACCAUCUCAGCCUUUAACUUUUCGCUGCCCCUAAGGAAACUGUAUUCAGAUGAAAAUGGGAACCUGCUGAAGACCGGAGACGUGAUCAAGUAUGAGAAACUGGCCGACACUUUGGAGCUGAUUGCAAACAAAGGAGCGGACGCCUUCUACAGCGGAAGAGUAGCGGAGGAUUUAGUCCGUGACGUGCAGCAGAAAGGAGGAAAGCUCACACUGGAGGAUUUGGCAUCAUACGAGGCCACAGAGACCGAUGCGUGGGUUGUCCCAAUGGGAGAGUACCAGAUGUACAUACCCCCGCCCCCGUCAGGAGGACCGCUCCUCACCCUCGUCCUCAACAUCAUGAAAGAGUAUCAGAUGAGGUCGACCCCUCUUUCUGUUGAGGAAAAGGUUGGGUUUUAUCACCGCUAUGUUGAAGCUUUUAAAUUUGCCAAUGGACUAAAGAGGCACAUUCGGGACCCACGCUUCCAAUCAGAAUCAAUGGCAAAGAAAAUAAUAGCAGAAAGUUUUGCCAAACACAUAGGGACCCUGAUCAGCAGCAACAGGACACACGAUGAGCAGUAUUACAAUCUCACCACGUCUCUGGACAGUCUGGGUACCACGCACGUGUCUGUCCUGGCCGAAGACGGGUCGGCCGUCGCUGCCACCAGCACCAUCAACCGCAUAUUUGGCUCCCAGGUCUAUUCUCCCAGCACUGGAAUACUCCUGAACAACGAGCUGUGGGACUUUUGCAAAAGGGUCGAGAACGUCUUUCCCGGGGAGCGGCCCCCGUCCUCCAUGGCCCCCGUUGUGCUGAAGUCAAAGUCGAGGACGCUGGUGAUUGGAGCGAGUGGAGGGGGCAUGAUCACGACGGGGAUGGCCUCUACUCUCAUCAACCAUCUUUGGUUUGGAAAGAGCCUCAAAGAGGCGAUUGAUACUCCGGUUGUCUACGUUGACUCUGAAAACAGAUUGACGUUCGAACCCAAGUUUGACAAGAGCGUGAUCGAGGCUCUCAGAGAGUUGGGGCACAAAAACCAAACAGCAAGCAGAUUCUACAACGUGGUUAACGCUGUGGAGAAAAAGAGCGGCUGCAUCUGUGCCGAGUCCGACAACAGGAAGCAGGGAGAAGCUGCUGGUUACUGACGCAACCAGUCAGUAAUUUGCAGAGCCUCUGCAGAAACAUGCCUUCCUGACAGACUGCAUACCAUGUUGUUACAAGGACAAAAGAAGAAGAAAGAGGAAAUUAAAAGAGACUUUUCUUUUGGCGCUGCAGGUUUAUGCGUGCUUUUCUAGGUGCAAGUCUGAAAUGGUUUUUUUUCCCCUUUUAUUAAAUGCUUUUCAUAUGUACUUCAUUGAAACUCAUGAAUGAAAACUGCAACUAUCAGUAUCUUGCAUACUGUCACUGUACUUUUGGGUUUGUACUUGGGAUGUAAACAUCCAAGUUUACAUUUCAUUGAAACCUUUUCUAAUUUUCACUGGAAACCCCGACAGACAUGUGGUUUCUGUCGGCGUCACUGGAGGACCACUGACCACCAUUACUCAGCGUCGACAUCUUGCUCUUCUUCAAGUGACUGAAAAGCAUCUCGUUUCUGUUAAUAGUUCUGGGGGACAAAAAGUCACAGUGAUUUCGAACGCUGGCCUCCACAACCCAGGGCACAUUUGUAGCAGAUACCAAAGAUGUAUUUUUAUCACCAGUUUUGUAUAGACAUGCAUUGGUGAACUCUGGAUUGUCAGCGCAAUAACCGUCCGAAUGUAUUUGUACUUGAUCUGCAGGUCUCUGCGUCAAUCCUAAAAUGUAACAUGCAAAUUAAAAACCUGCUUUGUUUGUU